UCAAAGGCACUUCCUUUUCUCUUACGCCAAUAACUGCAAGUUACUGAGGAUUCCUUUCUCUCUUUCUUUCUUUCUCAGCUCUCACAUCCCCCCCCUUAAUAAAUCUAAUCUUCCAUCUAAUAAAAACAGCAUCUUCUGAGUGGCUGUGGCACCAAAAGGAUUGAACUUUGUCAGAUUAGGGUUCUUAUUACUUCAUCAUUGCAACACAAUCUCUCAGAUUUCAGAACCCAAAAAGAAUCUGAUUCCGCAGACUUUAAUUUCCCUCCGGAUAAGGUACCGGAAGCUUCACAUUUCCCUUCUCUGCCUGCAACUGUUUCUGCAUGAGGAUCUGAUGCUACAGUUUGCAGUUCUGGAUCGAUUCCUUGAUGGGUUUUUCUUGUAUGAUUAUUUGUAGUUAGGCCCAGAAAGAUCCUGAUUGAAAUUCAUUUUUUCCAUUUUUUUAUUUUGGGGAUUUAGCUUCUGAAUUACAGAGCUUCAGAUUGAUUGGAUUUUGGUAUUAGUUACAGCUUUAAGUUUUUGAAUUGCUGAGCUGUUGUGGGAAAAUGGAGGGUCAGGUAUUAUUUGGUGAUGAGAUUCCUGUGAAUUUACCUAGAGAGGAAGACGAAGAAGAGUUUCGAAGUUGCUGCGAAGAUGAUGAGGUUUGGAAGGAGAACGAUGAACCUGUGAAGGUGGAGUCAAAAGAUGAUCUUGAUGAGUUUUCGGUGAAGAUGUUCUUCAAAGGCAUUUCUGUAACUGGGUUUGGGGACUCCAGUGUUGGGCUUUCUGGAAUUGGAGUUGUUAUGGAAAGAGCAGCCAAUGUUCCUGUAAUUCAGGUGCAGAAAAAGCUUGAUUUUUAUGUGGAGGAGCCUGUGGCUGACUAUCUAGCUCUGAUGGAUGGUUUAGUGGAAGCUGUGCAGAAUAAUAUUCGCCGGGUGUACGCAUUCACAGAUUCUGAGCUUCUCUAUGACCAGGUAUCAAAUGAGGAGAAACUUGAUAUUCCCCUCCUUGUAGCACUGAGGGAAAGGAUCCUAGAACAUGCCGGUAAUCUUGAAGCUUUUGUUCUGAAACUUGUCCCUACUGUAGAUCUUGAUCGACCAUCAAAAUUAGCCCAAGUGGCAAUCGGAGUUGUCUCUUUUCCUGCUAAGGGCGUUGAAUCACUUGAAUACUGUUCCAUCUGUUGUGAUGAUAAACCAUCAAUAAUGAUGAUCACUAUGAAGUGUUCUCAUGAGUACUGUUCGCAUUGCAUGAGGACAUAUGUUGAUGGGAAGAUACAAGCCUCUCAAGUCCCCAUCAGGUGCCCUCAGCUCAGAUGCAAGUAUUACAUCUCCACAGCUGAAUGCAAAUCUUUUCUUCCACUCACUUAUUUCGAGUCACUGGAAAAAGCCCUUGAGGAAGCAAAUAUUCUACAUUCGGAUAGAUUUUACUGCCCAUUUCCAAAUUGUUCUGUCCUGCUCGAUCGUUCUGAAUGUUCUUCAGCUAGUGAAAGUUCAUCAAUUCAGUCAGAUAACAGCUGCAUGGAAUGCCCAGUUUGCAAGAGGUUCAUCUGUGUAGAUUGUGGGGUUCCUUGGCAUUCUUCUAUGAGUUGUGAGGAGUUCCAAAACCUCCCACUGGAAGAGAGAGAUUCUGCAGAUAUUACCUUACAUCGCCUGGCCCAAAAUAAAAGCUGGAGGCGUUGCCAGCAGUGCCGUAGGAUGAUUGAGCUUACUCAAGGUUGCUACCACAUGACAUGCUGGUGUGGCCAUGAGUUCUGUUAUGCUUGUGGUGCUGAAUAUAGAGAUGGUCAACAGACGUGUCAAUGUGCCUUUUGGGAUGAAGACAACCCUGAAGACUUGGUCACUCAGUCUAUGCAAGAAUCUGAGCAGUGGGCAUGGGAAACAUUCAACUCACUUCCUAUGAUCAUGGAUGCAUACUCAGAGCAAGAGAGAUCACAGCUGGCACUGAUCCAAAGGUUCCUAGCUGGGGGUUUCAGUUUAAGUGAUCACCACCCUUACCAACCAGCCCAAUCUCCGCCUCGCUGUACAGAUGCCUAUGUAGAUGCCAUGAAAGAUCUCCACCAGCUUCCUUGGCUCGAGAGGUUUGUUUCUGUUAUAAGUGAUAACUACUAUGAAGAAUAUAUCCAAUGAAUAAUAGGACUCCAACAAUAAUCUGCAUAGCUUCCCAACAAUACUGUAAACGUGGUUAAAGAGUUCCUCGCUCUAUUAACUCUAGUUUCAUGGUCAUAGAGAAAUUAGUGGCUCUCGUCCUUUUGAGAUUCAUAAUCAUCAUGACCAUCAAGGUCCCUUGUAUUACCUCAAAGAGAAGCAUCUAUUCUUGACAAUCGCUUUCUUCUUGAAAGAAGAGUAAAAAAAAAAAAAAUAGUGAAUUGGAAGAACAUUUCUCAUGUUAGUGAAUGGAAAAGACAUAUUUUCAUUUUAA